UUCCCUUCGGAGCGCUGCUGAUCAGGUGCCAGCGAUUGGCGGAAGAGCGAGGCGAGCAGGGGCAAGCCGGGCGGAGGGGAGCCGAGAACGGCCGGCCGCUGAGAGCGCAGUUCCCGAGCCGGCGAGCCGAUCCGGGCUCCCAGACGCGCCAGUGGCCUCGCCUCCGCCCCGCGCUCACUCUCUCCAGGGCGCGUUGCUUUGCUGGGCUCCCCUUUCGCAUCCGAGUCCCUUGUUGCCCCCGUCCUCCGCCUUUCCCAGGGUGCGUGAGGAGGAAGCGGCGGCGGCGAUGUACCCGCCAGGCUCCACUUGGAAUAUCUCCUUCGCGGGCUGCGGGUUCCUGGGGGUCUACCACGUCGGGGUCGCCAGCUGCCUCCAAGAGCAUGCUCCUUUCUUGGUAGCCAACGCCAAGACCAUUUAUGGCGCCUCGGCCGGAGCCCUGACGGCGACAGCCCUCGUUACUGGAGCCUGCUUAGGUGAAGCAGGUGCCAAUAUCAUCCACGUCUCUAAAGAAGCCCGGAAGAAGUUUCUUGGCCCCUUGCACCCAUCGUUCAAUUUGGUGAAAAUCAUCCGCACCUGCCUGUACAAGACCCUGCCAGACAACGGGCAUGAGAUAGCCACUGGACGCUUGGGCAUCUCCCUGACCCGGGUCUCCGAUGGAGAAAAUGUCAUAUUAUCUGAGUUCAACUCCAAAGAGGAACUUAUCCAAGCAUGUGUUUGCAGCACUUUCAUCCCUGUGUACUGUGGCCUGAUCCCUCCAAGUCUUCAAGGUGUGAGGUACGUUGAUGGAGGCAUUUCUGACAACCUGCCACAAUAUGAGCUGAAGAACACCAUCACAGUAUCCCCCUUCUCAGGGGAGAGCGAUAUCUGCCCACGGGACAGUUCCACCAAUAUCCAUGAGCUCAGGGUCACCAAUACCAGCAUCCAGUUCAAUCUGCGCAACCUUUACCGCCUCUCAAAGGCCCUGUUCCCGCCAGAGCCUCAGGUUCUGCGGGACAUGUGCAAGCAGGGAUACAGGGAUGCUUUGCACUUCCUGAAGAAGAACGGUCUCCUCCAGCGCCCAAGGCUCAUUCGCCCUCCUUUGGCCAUUGAAAACAGUGCUGGGGAGAGAAAGACCGAGGAAGAGGAUGACCAGCUGGGGGAGAAUGCUGCCCUCCGAGAGGCUGAGGAACACAUUCUUGAACACUUGCCUCCCGAGUUGAACCAAGCCCUCUUGGAAGCCUGUGCUGAGCGGAGGGGCCUCUUCACCGGUGUGGCCAACCUGCUGCCUGUGCGUCUGGCGUCAGUGCUAAUGAUUCCAUACACGCUUCCUCUGGAGUCUGCGCUCUCCUUCACGGUCAGGUUGUUUGAGUGGUUGCCUGAUGUUCCAGAAGACAUUCGAUGGAUGAAGGAGCAGACGAGGAAAGUCUGUCACUUUCUCAUGAGAAAAGCCAAGAAGAAGCUAGGAAGUCACCUCUCAGCCAGGCUCUACUACCAUCUUGAGCUGAGAAAGACACAGAGCUUGCCUCUGCCUCUGAGCAUCGGCUGCGGGGAGGCUCUGCCCAAGUGGCUGCGGAACAACCUCUCCCUGACGGACGUUAUGACAAAAUGGGAAGAGUACCAUCGCCAGCUGAUGCUGGGGCUGUUCUGUAUCAACGUGGACCUUCAGGCCUCCUUCUUCCCGUCGGAGGGGCUGCAAAUGAGACACCCUCCAGCCAGCUGCACGCAAGAGAGCCUUCAGCUCUUCUGAGACUCAUAGCACAGUUCGAGCAGGGGGAAGGGGAAGGUGGGUGGGCAGUGAUUAUGUCUCUUCAACAUGCUAACACAGCUCUUAACACCCAGAAAAAAAAUGUCCUGCUCAGAGAGAGAAAGAACAUUGAUAGCACCAUAGCCAACUCUGCCACUGCUAAGCAGGUGACUGGCAUAGUGUUAAAACCCAUCAAGGUGUUUUGGGUGAUGUAUACACGCUCUUGGAUAUGAUGGCUGUAUAAAUACUUAGCAACGGCAACACAACUGGUUGGUGUCUUGCUAGAACUCGAAAGAACUUGGUGGAACAGGCUCCUCCAAGGACACAUUAUCUUGAACUUGCUGUCUGCAGUAAGAAUAUUGGGACACAAUCAGUGCUCUGCAUUUCUUUUGUUUUUUUAACUUCCUCGUUUUAAACAGUAUUGUGAAGUGUUUUUGUUUUCAAAGCUUUGAGUCCCUUCGGAUCUACUUUCUCUGUGCAUUGAAAUAGUAAGAGAGAGAAAGAAGUAAGGUAGUCUAAAAUGACUGAUUUCCAAACUCUAGUUCUUAUAUCCAAGGCAGUCCUUAGUUUUCAUCUCUCAGCUGAGGUAUCUUCUGAUUCCUUCCCCUACAUUCUCAUGCAAAUCUUUGUGUGCUGCUUCUCACAAUGUAGCUGUUAGAAAUUCAGAAGUGCAAAACCAAACCUUUAUGUUAUUAGGGUUCCUUGCUGCUCUCAAGUGUGUCUUGCUCUAGGGGACUGUUUCACCCUGGGGAGAUGAGCAAUUCUGAAAUGUGGCUGUUUAAACUGUCACAAAACAAGUUCAUAGAUGCCUGAAGGAAAUACUUUCAUUUUACAUUUCAGAAAAAAACUAUUCUUCCUCAGGGGCCAGUUAUCUUUCUUCAGAUGUAUUGAUAAAGAAUCCUUCCAGGGUUGGAAUGCACAAUUCCCUUCCCAGUAACUAAAAUUAUGUGUCUUCAUUUUAACAUGUGCACUCACAGGCUUGCAAAGAAGGAUGGAGAAGGAAGCCAAGAACUCAGGCAGUCCAAUGUAUGUUUUAAAAUGGUUUGUGACUUAUCUGAUUAACUGGAGUUGGCCGUACAGAGAAAGUGGAAAGGAGGGAUUUGAUUCACUUCAGAGGAACAUGAAGCUAUUAGAACCGAGACCAAAUUAACACUGGCCCAAGAGGGCUGUGGCAAAAGCAGGCAAUGAUUUGGAGCCUGCAGGCAUACGUGACUGUUGGAUGUCCUGGACCAUAUGAAAAAAUGGCUGCAUGAGCCACAACCACUCAGCAGGGAUAGUCACCAUGCAACCAGGCAUUUUUGGGAUUCACGUCUUGCUUCUGUGGGAACCAUGUUGCCUGUCCCUGGUCUGUGGCAUCCAUCCUUCCUUGUGCCAGUGGUAAGUUUGGUCCCGUUUGGAAGGAGCUGACAGCCGCAACAGGAUUGUAGCUGUUCAUCGCUCUGAAGGGGACGGCUAGGAAAGCAGGACUGGGUUGAUAGUGCAGAAGGAACAGCAGGAGCAGAGCUGGUAGUUGAGAAGACCAAACUGAGCACGCAUCCUUCUUUGCAUCCUCUGUGCAUUAGACUGGCAGAUUGCAACUCCCUUUCUUCUGAGACAAUGAAACAGAAAUUCAUCCCUAUAGGUUAAGAUGGAGGGUUUUGCCUCCUAUAGUCCAUGUAGUCUAUUUAGUUACUUGCCUGGGUUUUAAGUUUCUUAGAAUAAAAAAUCUGCGACAUGAUACCAGUGUUUUUUAUUAACUCACCGGCCACCACAACUCCUUUCCUGGAGUUUCCUGCUGCAGUAUGUUUUAGGGCUGAAGCACUCCAGAUGGCAGAGCAGCUCCACCAGCUGGGUAAAAUGCCUUCCCCAUAGCCUGUUAUCAAAUGCACUAUUAAUUGUCACCAGCAUACAAACUGAUCUCUUCUUUCCUGUUGCCAUCUUGUUCCUGCUACUGUGUAGCACAGCAAAGAUGUGCUGUCAUGGCAAAGCAGCAGAAUAGCAAUACUGUUUUAUCUGGUACUUUUUUCGUGUACGUGCGUGUUCAUGUGUGCAAAAAAUAUGCAGUUCCUUCCCUGUUACAAUUUUGUACUCUCAAAAAGUACAAUUAUUUCAUGCUACAGGGAUAAAAAAAGUGUUUGGAUAGAUUUGUACUAGGGGAAAAAACUGAUUUUCUUUGUACUCUAGCCAAAUAGCCAUUUCUGUACUUCUCAAUUUAAACAACCUGUUGAAUGCCAAAGAUAACACAAUGUCAGGAGAGUGGGAGACGCAGUCUGCUUAGUUUGUAGGAGUAAAGCAGCAUUUAUGGUGACAAAGUUUCAAAUGCCACUGGAAAACAAAAGAAUAAAUGUACUUGCAUUCAUAGUUUAUUGUUUUUAUACUUUGUUCUAAAGCACCCAGAGAGCUUCACCUAUGGGCGGUAUAGAAGUGAAGAUGAUGAUGAUAUUUUCCCAGUGGACAGCUGGAUAUUUUUAUUUGUAUGUGCCAAAGCUAUGGAAGGUGUCUUUUUUAGAGCUGUAGGUGGCUCUUUUAGCAUGAUGUAUGCCUGCUCAGAUUUUUUUUUCCAAAAAAGAAAUUCAAACUAGCAGGACAAUAUUAUUAUGUACUGCAAAACCUUUUGGUAGCCAAACACCUAGACAUCUGAUGGCUAAUAAUAACAUUUUUAAAAACAUUCUCAUCAGCAAAAUAUUUGGAGUGAUGGAAAUGUUAAAAGUGAUAGAAAUGCUUUUGGACGGUGAGGGAGGGCUAGGAAGUAAAAUAAGUAUAGGCUUGAUGCAGGAAGAAAAAUAAUUAGCUUAAUCACUUCUUAAUUUGCUGUGCACAUAGCACAAGUGCCUGUUUUUGUCUUUGCACUGACCUUUUAACUUUUUAAACGUAAUUAAAAUAGUGGAAAUCUUAAAAGUGUGAAAGUUUUGUGACUGUACAAGGUAGAAGUAGUGAGGGUUUGGCCAAUUUAAAUAGUCACUCUUGUGUAAAAGCUCUGGGUGGCAAAGAAUGUAUUUCUUCUCUCAGGAAACAUUUGCUUUAGAUUGAAUGCUUGUAACAAAUUGUAAAAGUUCCGCAGAGCCCAACUCUUGGUCUCUGCAAUCUACCUUGAAUUUAUAUCAAUGAAAACUUAACUCUGACGGCACUCUUGACAUGCCAGGUGCCCUUUUUAUCUUUGUGUUGGAUAAUAAAGCAAAACAGUAAGCAAUUAUUGGUGUAGAAGAAAAUGAGAAUAGAGGCGUUUCUUGGUAUUAAUUGAAAUACAAUCUUGUUCUGUUGCAUACAGGAAACAUACCUAAUACUAGCAGGCAUCUCUAAGCCAAAGAGUUCUGGUUAGAAGAUCCUCAACUGAAUAUGUGGAGGGGCUAAACUGUAUCUUGGCAAGGAUGAGAUCUUUUUAGAAAUGCAGACUCUUCCCCCAGUCUGAAGAGUGCUUGCUGGAGACUUACUGCUGUUCAAGUGACUGACCUGCUGCAGAUAAUGUCUUUCAAGGAAAAUUCACUCUUGUAUUUUGACAGGUUCAGAAAACUGUGGCUUUCCAAGCAUGGGCAGGCAGGAGGUUGUUGUUUUUUUUUUUCCUUUUGCUUAUAAUGUAAAUGGCACUUCUUGCCUCUAAGAUGACUGUGAAGCUCUGUGUGUGUGUGUGUGUGUGUGUGCGCGAGGGAGGGAGGGAGGGAGUAAAACCAACCACUAAGUUAUUCAACACAAUCCUACUUUAAAAUACGUUGCACAGUAAUUUAGAUUUUUCUAGCAAACCACUGCUUAAGGUGCAAUGAUUAUACUGCUGAAUGAGUUUGCUGCUGAUAUAUUAUAAUGUAGAGAGUCCCGUAGAUAGAUGGAAAAAAUAAGCAAGGUUUCAUAGAUGAGGUUUGUGUUCUAAAGAGGUUUGCUUUCCAAAGUAAAUCUCAAACAUUUUUUUCUUACCUUACGCUAAAUCCAGAGUGUAGUGCCAAAAGCUAAUAUUGCAGCAAUGCACUGGAUGCUUGCAAGGAAAAAAGCAUUAAGAUUUAAACUAGAAUUAAAACUGCUCCAGAUAUUAUAGUCUAAAUUAAUCUUUUUAAAAUUGGCCAGACUUCUCAACCAAAAUCAAGCAAAACAAAUAGAACAUAGCUAAGUACCAGCAUGGUAGAAUCCCUGUAAUGCUUUAAAAAAAGUCCUGGUACAUUAAAUCUUUUGGAAAAAGAUGGCUGUAGGUGUGAACAAUAUGAAGCCUUUUACAACUUGGCAUACAAGAAGUUUGAUCAAAACGAAUAGCACCUAAUUACACCAGAAAGCAAUGGGACAGCCACUUGGAGUGAUGCAUGGCACCUGUCUGCUAGUGUAGCAUUGUAUUUCAAGUGUCCACAGUGCCUUUUUAAAAAUGCCAAGCAUUUCAGGCUUUGUCGCUGCCCAGAUGGCUCCCUUUCCUCUCCUAUUCUCUGUGUCCAGCUUCCUCGAAAUCAACAGGCACUGCUGGAGAUGGAAUAGUGGCUGUGGCAAAAAACUGGUCCUACCACUGUGUACAGAGGCCUAUAAAAUAAACUGUAGGAAAUCCAAAAUGCCAAGCAGUAUGAGAUUUAAUCUUUUAAAAGAACCGAUUUAAUCUUGUAUUUACCUUAUUGGGGACAAGAUAACACUGUGUUAACAUUGGAUAGGUUAGAUGUUCUCUGAUGUUGUUGUGCACUUCUGUGGACAGCCAGUGGUAGAUCAGUUUUAGCACUUGCGAGUAAUACAGUUCUUUGUCUGAAGAAACAGCAAGAUUGUUGAGGAAAUAGCAACUGAUUGUAGUUACAUGGCAUCAUUAAGUGGUAUUCUAAUAGUCAUUGCUUGAAAAUUCAGUGUUAAUUUUUUUAUGCUUCGCUUUCCCCCCCUUGUUCUUUCCCCACCCAUGUUUUACUGGAAAUAUGUUAAGUAUUUAUUUUGAAAAUAUACCUCCCUAAUAAAAACUUUCUAAACACA